UGAAGGCUUUGAGAUCACGGGUCGUCAUCCUCGUGUCAUGGCCCUUGUUCUUGCUUUUGUUGCUUGUCCGCAACAAUAUUUUUAAUGCAAGGCCAAUAAGCUCAUUUGGUCGACUUCAUCUUGCAGCUUCUGCCUCCCAAUACCACACCAUACCUGGACUGCACUUGCCAGCAAUUCUAGGAAAUAGAACCGCAAUCUCGUUGUCACUCCUCAUGGUCCAUGCCACCGACCCUCACACCUUCCUUUCUCCUACAAAAUCAAAUUCCCGUCCAGUUUUCACAAUCAGGCAAUAAGUUAAUCAAUCUCACAAACCCCCAUGGGAUCGUCACAACUCUUGAUAAACUCAUUAUUCGAGAUGGAAUUCUCACCCUCAAUCAUGGGUCCUAAGGUAGCCACUGCAUUCCUCGCCGAGGAAGCUGCCACGGCCGUUGCUAUACUCAAACAAGGCUCAGCAUCAAUCGCAGAGAAGCAACACCUUGACGGGUCUUCCGAAGCCAGCGAAAUGCAAGCCGAUACGGACACAGGCUCUAGUCUACCGACCACGAGCCUCAGAUUCGAGCCUGACCCGGAUGGGCGUAACGUUGAGAAACGCGAAGCAGGUGCAGCAAAGGACUCUACCAAGACCCAGCCUGGCCAGCCCAACACCGCGCAAACGCUCCGAGACAACAGUCGCAAGAAAUCCACAUCUAACACCACCAAAUGCGAGAACUGCCUCGACUACCACGCCAGGCCCUGUGAAUGGUCCUGCCGCGCCUGCGGCGCCGACCACCACUUCCUGGCAUGCAAAUACAAGGACUAUAUCUGUAGCUGCACCAAAUUCCCCUACCAUCUCCUUCAUCACUGCAAGGUCGCCUGUACCAUGUGCCAGGGAAAGCACCGACACCGCGCCACCCACUGCGCUGCGCGAUGUGCUUGUUGUGGCAGCCUGGGACACGCCAUGACGAAUUGCAUCAUCCAGAAGUGGUACGGCUCACGGUGCAACUACUGCAAGGGCAUCCACCUAGUUCAGGACUGCCCUUGCCGCUGCCGGUUUUGCAAGGACUUCCACCGCUCGGAUAAGGAUUGUCCUUUCUUAACGAGAACGGCCUGUGUUGUGGACGCUUUGAAGCCUACGUUGAAGGGAGAGGGUGCUGGAGGACCGUAGAUCUUGGGUUCUCAGCAUUCACCGUGGCUCACGAGCUAGUAGCUGGGUCCGGAGGAGGCGGCAAUGGAAAGUGGCACAAUCGACGUGCAUUUCACGAGGAUGACAUGAAGAAGACUCUCGAGGGUACAGACUGGGGAAGAG